CCAAUGCAAUCUAGUAGACUGAAAGAAACGGAGUUCAUGCAAUUACAAUCUAGCAAAUUGAAAGAAACAGGAUCAAUGCCAUUACAAUCUAGCAAGGUUGAUGAAGCAAGAUUUACUGCGUCUGAUCAAAUACUUAUCAAUCUAAAUGAAGAGAACCCACCACCGAAGCCGUUUUCAUUUGUAUAUGAAUCAAAGAUUUUUAGCGACUUGUGGCAGAUUGAUUGGAAGAAAUAUUUAGAGAUGGAUUUUGAAUGA